UUGACAUAACACCAAAGCCUCAAAUAGAGAAAAGGGGAAGCUCUAAUGGUUAAACGAAUUUUCAAAUCACUACUUCGUUUUGACUGCUUUUCUAUUGGAACAACUUCAUCAAAAAAGUACUUCCCUGAGGAAAUACUUGUGGACGUGCUCAUGAGGUUCACUGUUAAGUCUCUUGUUCGAUUCAAAUGUGUUUCGAAAUCGUGGAAGACAUUAAUCUCAGAUGAAUACUUUAAGGGGAAGCAUCGCAAUCAUGCAAAGAAUAAUAAAAAAAAUCUCGUUAGCCGAAUGGUCGUUGAUGUUGGUAUUGGUCAUUGGGAUUACAGUUGUUGUUUAUCUUCACCAUCAUCAUCUGCUCAACCAUUACAAAAGCUUGGUUGCCCAUCAAACCAUAAAAGUUAUGUAAUAUUAUGUUGUUGCGAUGGUUUGUCUCUUCUCCGGUGUCAUUCUGUUUGCUAUUUACUGUGGAAUCUAUCCACAAAUGAAUUUUCAGACACAACUGGCCGUACCACUACUUAUGGAUUGGGAUAUGACUCGAUUAGUGAUGACUAUAAGAUUCUUAUGGUUGCUAGUACUGCCAGACCACCCAAUAGAAUCAAACUUUUGGGUUGGCAUUUGUUCAUGCUGCAUUUCAUUGGAUCGUCAGAGGGGAUAAUUCAUCAUCCAAGUAUUUUGUCACUUCAUUUAAUAUAUCAAAUGAGACCGCACGGAGAGAUAUCAUUGCCAGAGCUCAAACAUCGGCGCUGCGAUUUUAGAUGUGUUGUUUCGGCGUUUGAUGAAAUGUUUUGUGUUUAUUCUACUUGCCAAGACGAUGGGGAGACGGAAACUUUAAAGUUAUGGGUAAUGAAAGAAUAUGGUGUCAAUGAAACUUGGACUCAAUUAUGUACUAUACGAGGCCCUCAUCUAUUAUUAGCCAAACCCUUAUUUACCAUACCAAAAUAUAUGUUUGCAGAGGGUGAAGUGCUACUCGGAUUUUGUACCGGCGGAUUUAGGACAUCCAAAGGAGCAUAUGAAUUGUUCACUGAAUAUCACGGACGGAAAGUUUGAUCUCUCCAAAAUUACGUAUUUAGUAUU